CCUCGUAUUGAGCGUUUCGCGGCGGCGGGUUACGAUGCGUGGCGCGUUGUAUCUUUAUUAUUAAUUAUUUGUUGUUGUUGUUUAUACUCUCUGUAACCGUAUUAUUUCCCAUCUCGCGUGCCAGCGUGUGCGUGCAUUUGCGUCUGUGUCUGUGUGCCUCCUCUCUGUGCGUGUGUAUGUUGUGUGUCGUCUAUGCGUUUUGCCCCCCCUCCACAGAAAAAAAAACAAGAGCCCCCCAAACACCGCCCCCCCUCGGCCCACGACACCUUUCCCCCUGGGAAAAAAAUAUAUUAAAAUAAAAAAUAAAUAAUUAAAAAGGCAAAACCACGCGUGUGUCAAGUGCUAAGAAAUAAAUAAAUACGAGAAAUAUUUGCAACAUGAGUUGCAGUUGCAGUUGCAGUGGCUGCAACGGCGGCAGCUGAAGUUUGUUCGGUUUCAGAUCCACACACACAACCACAAAUAAGCGCAAGAAUCAUAGAUUAUGCCUAUAUCUAUAUAGCUAUACUCUGUAGAUACUAUACAGUACCAGUCAGUCAAUCAAUCAAUCUAAAUAUCGUGUGCAUUCAAAAUCCACAUCGUGCCUACAAAAAAAAUAACGAAAAAUAAAAACUGCAACAAUUGCAACGCGCAAGGAAUAAAAACAAAUACCAAUACCGAUACCGAAACGGAAACGGAAGUGCCAGUGACGUAAUACUCUUUAAAACUACCGUAAAAUCCAGGCGACAAAAAAAAGGGAAUGCAAAAUAUAGCUACCCUCCACCCACACAGCCUCCUCCCCCUCGAUUGUGCAACAAAAACAACGCCAAUCUCUGUGUAUGUACAUCAUUCCCGUGCAAUAUGCUGAAUGCCAUGAAUUGGCCAUGGCUGACAGUGCGUAGCAAAAGUAUUUACAUAACUGGCCAAACCAUUUUGUACAUCAAAGUGUUCAAGCUGAGGACCGAUUAAAUAUAUAUAUACAAUAUAAAACUGAUGAACGUUUCCAAGGCAGCGACAGUUCGAAUCGAUGAGAAACAGAUUGCGCCUAAAUGUCUUCCGGAAUUAAUUGUCGUGAAAUUUUCGUAUUUUUGGAAAUUUUGAUUUGGAAUCAAGCAAAACAGAGAAAUCGACAAAACAAUGAGCAUAGCAACAACAAUAACAACAACAACAACCACAACAGCAAAACAACAACAACCAGCAGCAGCAGCAGCAGCAGCAACAAGCAACACAAUAAAAAUCACAGCAACCGAAGAAGCAGCAACAAUAACGCAGUGAAAGUGAUAAAACAGCAGCAGCAGCAGCGGCAGCAGCAACAACAAUUGCCCAAAGCAACCAAAACCAACAACAACAACAAAAAUUCAAACGACAACAACUACAAUAGCAAUAACAAUAAUAACAGCAACAGCAACAGCAAUCUGCACAUAUUGCAAAAGGGUUGAGUUGCUUGAUUGUAAAUUUAGAUAUUAUCAAACACACACACACACAUAGAAAAUUGCUUUAAAUAACUCGUAACAAAAAAUAAAAAAAAAAACAAAAAAACACUUAAUAAUAAUAUACAUACGCGAACAAGUGUCUUAUUAAAGGAUAUAAUUAAUUAAGCAGCAGCAACAAUAUAUAACAUCAGAUCCAACAACAUCAACAAUUUAGUACCUACAGGCCUGACAACGUUAGAUCAUUAUAUACAUUAUAUAUAUAUAUAUAUAUAUACAUAUAUAUAUAGCAAUAUACAAACAAAUUAAAUAUAUAUACA